CGCAUGCGCUCUGACAGAACCUGUCGCUCUCUAAUCUCGCAGCAGAAUGGAUCCUCCGGUCGUGGUUCUACGCUUGCAGACCUGACGGAAGCCUCGUAUCUUCCUCACUAAAACUCGACAUGGGAAAAGGCUGUAAAGUCGUGGUGUGCGGCCAGGCGGCUGUGGGGAAAACUGCUAUUCUGGAACAGCUGCUGUACGGAAACCACACUGUAGGGUCAGAGUCUAACGAGACACAGGAGGACGUGUACGUGGCCUCUGUGGAAACCGACCGAGGUGUGAAGGAGCAGCUCAGGCUCUAUGACACCAAGGGGCUGAAUGAUGGGCAAGACCUCCCUAAGCACUACUACUCAGUGGCAGAUGGCUUUGUGCUUGUUUACAGUGUUGACAGCUUGGAGUCUUUCAAGAGGGUGGACGUCCUGAAGAAAGAGAUAGAUAAGUCCAGAGAUAAAAAAGAGGUGAUGGUCGUAGUGCUGGGGAACAAAACAGACCUGCGGGAGCGUCGUCAGGUGGAGCACGAGGCAGCGCAGCAGUGGGCGCGAGGCGAGAAGGUGAAGCUGUGGGAGGUGAGCGUCACCGAACGCACCUCGCUCAUCGAACCGUUCACGCAGCUCACCAGCCGCCUCACGCAGCCUCAGAGCAAGUCGGCCUUCCCGCUGCCUGGACGUAAAAGCAAGGGGUCCCCAUCCAACGACAUCUGACACACUCCUUCCUGCGUUCACUGCCAGCAGCACGCCGUGGACGGGAUCUCGGUUCAGCAGUGGGACUCGUUUAACCGUCUGCUUGAUGACAUAAUUGAUGGCCUGCUUCGAGUACAGCCUGGAGGAAGGUCACACAGGAACUCCUGAUACAGGAUGUACCGUUUUUCUUUUUUAACUUUUUAAGUGGUAACGACACGCUGGAAAUAUCCAGGUCAUCCUCCCAGCGCUGCUGCGGUCACUGAUCUCUGCGCAGAAGCUCAGAAGAAUUUUAUGUAUUUUUAUUUAAAUAGUUUCUUCUGACUGCAGUUUCUCGUGCUCAUCAUGACGUCUGCCAAGUUUGUUGAUGAAACUACAGAUGGACGCAGCCUCUGUGACAUCACCACUUCAUCAAGUCUCAUUAUGAAGCCGUAGACGUGUCUUUGCUGUCAGGAUUAUGAAACGAAGGUGGUGACAGCGAGAGGUGGAGCUCACUGUAACACCACACCUCAUUGGCUAACAUGAUUGGCAGGUAGUUAGCUAAUGAGCUACAAUGAGCUAGAAUAAUCAGAUUAUGUGUCCACUGUGAAGUGAAACUAAGUAAUCCAGGUGUUUAUGGUCACAGGCGGCUCUUUUCCAGGAAUGAGUGUCCUGAAAAAGAUGGCAGGUUUGCUGUUUCUGAUUAAAACCUGUGCUCACUCUUGUUCGUCCUUUGAGUUAGGCACCUUUGAAUGAUUCACAGAUCAGUGUUAAACAGCAGAUCUGAAGAAAGCUUUGAAAGAACUUCAGGAAGCCACGAAUGAUCGCUCAGGAGUCUGGAAAUGAGGGAGCUUCACGCGGCACAUCUGGAGCUAAAACGUCAGAAACGUCUCUGCUGUGAUGAUGAAACGUUCUGUUGGAUCCUUUAUCGUCUGUACCUGGUAAUGUGGACGGUGACUUUAACUGAACCAAAUAUUAGAGAGGUGUCAGGGCCCAAACCUGGAAGAGAAGCAGGUGUUGAAAGCUGCGUGAUCACACGGGGAGGUUCAAACCAUCUUAACAGUGGAGAACCAAAGAUUUGGCAGAGUUUGACCCCUAGCGUUACACAUUAAGCAGACGUGUUGUUAUUAAAUUUCAGAUUUGAGCGCUCCCUUCAAAAACAGGAAGCCAGUACAAACCUGUUUCCCAUUGAGUGUGAACGCCGCGUCCUUCCUGUCCUCUGACACGACUGCGGCGGUUGGCCUGGUAGCAAUAAUAGUCGUGGUACUGCCUUUUCUCGCGAUGUUUCAUGAUGUUUCCUGUACACGUGCAGUCGGUUUAAUCCCACAGGGAUGCGUUUGCCUUUCUAACUGUAGACGACGUCGAGAGGAAAUAUUUUUAAUUUAUUUUUGUCACUUUAUUGAGCCUCUUUGUGAAAAUGGUGAUGGAUGAUGAUCUGACGUGUCCUUAAAGUGUUUUAACAGUAAUAACAUUUAAUGUGCUGCUAGUAGAACAGAGGUGGAAUAUCUUAGCUAACGUACUCUGCUGUGUAACAGGCUGAGGAUGCACUGAAUAAAACGUUAUCAGCUCCUGAAAUGAUGGGAAACAA